CCGGGGGGGGGGGGGCCGGGGGGCUCUGGGACUCAGCCCGUACAGAGGUGUUGGAGGGGGUUACAGAGCGUUAACCGAUGAGCCCAGCACCAGUUAGCCGUGUACACGUUCCCCUCCCUUGGUCUGAGGGCACCGGGCUCUGCUGGUGGUGGUUGGUCUGACGGGGGUGCCUAGGAGUCCUGCCUAGGAGCCGUCACGCCAUGCUGGCUUCCCCUCCACACAUGCAGCUGACAAAGUGGGUCUUUGCCCACGAAAGCUCAUGCUCCUACACUUCAGUUAGUCUAUAAGAUGCCACAGGACUCCUCGCUGCUUCUCCACACUAGGAAUAAGGUCUCCCCCAGACUCCCCCUGGGGCCCCCCUGCAGUCACAACAGCUGCCUUUGGUCUGACCCAAUAGGGCUGUUCUUAGGUACCAGAUCCUGAGGGAGGCUUCAUGGCAUGGCGAGCCCUACAGUAGGCCCUACUCACAGUGCUGUCCUUGGGACGUGACUGAAGCUUGGUUCAUUAAGCUGGGAUGUUUCAGCCAAGAGGCAUGUGGUGGUAGGGAGAGUGAAGGGCAAUGGCAUUUCCGUGUCCCUGGAAUAUCAGACCCGCCCUCUUCUCUCUUGCACAGGGUCUGUGCCUGCGUGGCUCUCGGCCUCUCUGCGUGUAGCUCCUGUCCUUGUCCCCAGAGGGGCUGUCACGGGGACCCAUGGCGAUCCUCCGAGCAGGGCUCUGCCCCGGCCUCACAGCAGAGAUGAUCCAGGUUCUGAAAGCCAACAACAUCACAACAGUGGUGGACCUUGUCUCCUCGGACCUGGAGGAAGUUGCCCGCAAGUGCUCCCUGUCCUACAAGGCUCUGGUUGCCGUGAGACGUGUGCUGCUGGCGCAGUUUUCAGCUUUUCCUGUCAACGGAGCGGAUCUCUACGAGGAACUCAAGAGCUCUAUGGCCAUCCUGCCCACAGGGAGCGAGAGCCUGGAUAAACUGCUGGACUCUGGCCUGUACACGGGGGAAGUCACAGAGCUCACAGGAGCGCCGGCCACUGGCAAGACACAGGUGUGCCUCAGCAUUGCCAUGAGCGCGGCCCAUGGCCUCCGGCAGAGUGUCCUUUACGUCGACUCCACGGGCGGGUUCACGGCCUCUCGCCUGCUCCAGCUGGCGCAGACCAGGAUGGGAGGUGAGGAGGAGCAGGCAGAGGCUCUGCAGCGGAUUCAGGUGGCCCGGGUGUUCGAUGUCUACGCCAUGCUGGAUGUGGUACAGGAGCUCCGCUGCAGCAUGUCCCAGCAGGUCCUGAGCUCCUCGGCGCCGGUGAAGGUGCUGGUGGUUGACUCCGUCUCUGCUGUGAUUUGCCCGCUCCUAGGUGGCUGGCAGGCAGAGGGCUUGGCCCUCAUGAUGCAGCUGGCCCGGGAACUGAAGAUGCUUGCUAGAGAACUUAGCAUGGCCGUGGUGGUGACUAACCACGUGACCAGAGAGAGCAGCAGUGGGCAUCUGAAACCAGCCCUGGGUCGCUCCUGGAGUUUCGUGCCCAGCACCCGGGUGCUGUUAGAGAGCAGAGCAGGGCCAGGGGGAAACGCCAGCACCCAUCGUGUUGCUACCUUAACCAAAUCGUCCCGGCAGCCAACUGGGAUUGAGGUGGAGCUGGACAUCGGAAGCUGUGGAGUAUUGGAAGAGAGCCCAGCUGCAUCUGCAGAGGGACCUUGAUGGAGGGUGAAAAGCGGAUUACAAGAGCUUCGACGGUGGGCAUCUUUGCAGCCAAUGUUUCUAAAGAUUGCGGAACCAGAUCGCGUUUGCCAGCCGGGGCAAGGAGAGAUGCUCAGAGUCUCAGUGGAAAUGGGGUGGUUUCCUAUGGCACCAGCCAAACUCUCAUCCUGGACAAAAGAGGGUUGGGGUUCCAUAGAGAUCUCAGAAUAAGGUUUCUGAGUCAGACAGGUGAUGUCUGUGGCUGUAGCAUUUUUCUGGAGUGCAUUGAGACCACAGAAUCACAGGCCCUUUCCUGGGGGCUUUGUGGAUUGUCAAGGGGAAACGGUCUUGUGGCAUCAUGAGAUCAGAGGGAAUUUUGCUGAAUUCUUUGAUGGGUAAAUGUGUUGGCUGUAUAAACACCCGACUGUUGGUCACGUGGCUUUUUAUAGCCAACUGCUGCCUGCUCCCAGGACCUCCAGCUCUCUAGUGAGGGGCCCCUGGGAGGGACACCAUCAAGAUCUUCAGGACACUAUCUAUAGCAGCUGUUAGUCAUGGUCCUAUUGUACCUUUUAAAGGGUCAUCACUACAGUGGUGUUCAGGCCUGGCUCCCAUUCUGCUUCCUCCAUAGCAGGACUUGAGUGGACACAGGCUGCUAAAAGGAAACCAAGUGGCACAUUCUCAGAGAGAUUUAUCGACAUGUGUUUGCUUCCCAGAGUAAUCAUGGCAAUUUGGCAGGGGAUUUUGAUGUUUACUGCCUGGAAAGUUGUUGCUACCUCAUGGAAAAGGAUCUUUGGCCAGAUCCUUAGCUGGUGCAGAUUGGCGUUGUAGGAUCUACUUCUGUGUUUAUGCACUUUUUGGCUGAUGUAUUUGGUGUCACUUGCUGUAUUUCUCUUCCUUUGCCUUUUAAAACAAUAUUAUAAGGAAUAUUGUGCUUGGAAA